UUAUUUUUAUUGUUGUUUGUGUUGAUUUGUUGUUUUUUUUUUGCUGUGCACAAUGUCCAAGCCAGCAACACCACUCAAGCGCAACCCCAGCGAUCAGUCCAAGGGCAGCCCUGCGAGCUCACGGCCGCUGUCGGGAGACUUUGGCGGACAGACGCCCGAUGACCGCAAGCUCAGCUUUGCCGACGAGUUUGGCGCCCAUCCUGCGCUACAGAAGCAGCUCUCGCUGCUCGAGGCUGAAGCUUCCACGAGCGAUCCCGAACAGACAUUCCUCAUCCUCGAACGUCUCGGCAAAGGUGCCUUUGGUGAUGUCUACAAGGCGCAGCACAUUGUCUCGGGAUCGGUUGUCGCCGUCAAGAAGAUGAAAACUGUCAUCAGCAACUUCAAGGAAGUCAUGGGCGAGGUCGACAUGAUGCGCAAUCUUCGCAGCCCCUAUAUUGUCCGCUACUUUGGCUGCUAUUACAAAGAUCAGUUCCUUUGGAUUGCGAUGGAGUUUGCCGACGCCGGCUCUAUUGCUGAUCUCAUCCGACAAGGCCCGCUCAACGAAGAACAGAUUAGCACCAUUUGCUACCAAGUACUCAAGGGCUUGGAGUACCUGCACUCCAUGAAAAAGCUCCAUCGCGACAUUAAGGCGGGUAACAUUUUGCUCAGCAGCCGCGGCCGCAUCAAGCUUGCCGACUUUGGUAUCUCUGCCCAGAUCGAUGGCACCGGUCAAAAGUCCAUGGUCGCUCAUACCCUGGGCUCGCCGUACUGGCUUGCUCCGGAAGUCAUUGAGAAUCCAGAUUCUGCAGCUGCCAUUACCGCAAAGUCGGACAUCUGGUCACUCGGCAUCACUGCCAUCGAAAUGGCGGAACAGACACCGCCGAACUUCAAGCUCAACCCGAUUGCCGCAAUGUUCAAGAUGGUGAACGGCCCACCGCCGACGUUCAAGGAGCCGGAAAAGUGGUCGCAAGACUUCCAGGGCUUUAUCAAUCGAUGCCUCGAGAAGAAUCCCGACUUCCGUCCCUCGGCAUCUGACAUGCUCUUCCACACGUUCUCACUCAAGGCUCGCUCGACCGGAGUGCUGCAGCGCCUUGCGCUCGAUUACCAGCGCCUGCUUGAGGAGCACGGUUCCAACGCCGGUAUUCGUGGUGAAGAUACCGUCUCGGCCAACGAUACAGAAAACUUUAUGCGCAUCAUGCUGCCAACUGGAGAGCAGCGCACUGUCAUCGUCACCAACGAAAAUGUCACCGAUGAUGUGCUUGCCAAGUUUGUCAAUCCCAUCAAGGAGACUAUUGAGGGUCUCAAUCCUGCGCCGGUCGGCUUGUUGAUGCGAACCCCGAAAGAAGCACGCUUCCUCGCCCACACGGAGCUUCCGCUCGCCGUCAAGUUCCGAGUGCUCGAAAACGAAAAGGCCCUCAAAAAGAAGAGCCAGGAUGUUGAAAUGACCAUCAACUUUGUGCUCAAGCCUCGCCCGACCGAUCCUUCGCUUUGCCGCUUUGUCCUGGGCAGCCUGGUUGGCAUGAACAAUAUUCAGCCCGAGCUGUUGGAGAACACGAUUCUCGAGGCUUUGAUGCUUCCCGACUUCCCCUUCGUUUCGGCAGUGCUCGGCAUUACCUCGAUUACUAGCAAGCAGUUUAUGCCCGUCGCCACUGCCGUGUCGCGUGUGCUUGAGAGCAAGAAGAAGUUCCCUCAGCUGAUCAAGGUUAUGUCGAACUUUGAGGUUGCCGCCGCGCCAGACAUGACCACCUUGUUCCGCAGCGGAAGCUUGGUCGCCAAGGUUUCGUCCAUUCAUAGCAAGUUCUCUUGCGCAGGCUGGCUGAAGGACUGCUUGGAAGACGUCGUUGGCCGCGUUUAUGCAGUCAAGGAUGCUGUGGAAAUUGACAGCGAGCGUGUCGACAAGAAGAUCGAUAUUGAAGCCAACGCCCUUGUUCUUGCCAACCUCACCCGUCGCAUGCUGAUAGCGCUGAAAGACCAUGUUUCCCGUCUGCCAAAAUCCUUCCGUCAAUCGUGCGCUUAUGCUCAGCAAGCCAUUCGCUCCCGCAUGCCUCAGCUCUCCAAGCACUUUGCUUUCCAAAUUUUCUUCUUUGACCAGCUGCUCUGCCCGGCCAUUGUCUUCCCGUCCCAAUACGAGAUUGUCAGCGCCGACACCCCAUUGAGUCCAGCUGCUCACCGCACAUUGGUGCUGUUGUCCAAGGUUGUCCGUUAUCUUUCGCUCGGCAAGACCUUCGGAGAGAAGGAGCAGUACAUGACCUUCAUGAACCCCCACCUCGAAAACCUUCGCGCCUUGACUGACGAGCUGCUCCAGCUCCUUGUGGAUCUUGAUGCCAACCAAGGCAGUGAAACCGCCGAGUCCCUGGGCAUGGUGGACCUGACUAGUGAAUACAAGUUCUUGUAUCAAUACUUCUGCGAGCAUGUCAACCAAUUUGCCUCCGAGCUCGGCCUCGGCAAGACGUUCGCCACUCACUGAGCAGUUUUUUUGUCGUGUGUAGUUUUUUUUGCUCCCACGCGCAUUCGGCGCGUUCUGUCUGCUUUGAUUUUUUUUGUUGCCCCGCGCUCCUUUUUUGUUCUUCUCCCAUUGGUGUCUAGUUUCUGCUGUUGUGCUUGCAAUUUGUUCCUUCUUUUGCUGCGUGUGUGUACAUUCCCAGUUUUGGCUGCCCCUACCGCUCUUGUUGUUCUGUCUUCGCAAUGCAUUGUGUAGUAAAAUGAUGCUUUGAUGUUAUUUUUUUUGUUUUCUUAUGAUAAGAAUUGGAUAGAGU